AUGAUUGUAAUCAAAGGAGUACAUUUUGAUAAAGUUAGAAGUAAACAAAUUGCAAAAUAUAUGAUAAUAACUGUUAUUUUGAUGAAUAUUCUAGGUACAUUACAUGAACCAUUCUACCGUCAUAUGGUUGAUGAUCCACAUAUAAAUGAUUAUUCGUGGUGUGUAAUUAAAUAUCCGUAUGUAUGGCUCGAAACAUAUGAAACUAUAAUAAAUAUAACUAAUUUAUUAGUACCAUUUAUGAUUAAUUUUAUAACAACAUUAAUUGUAUUAAUUCUUCUUGCACGACGUAAAUCAUCAAUAAUUGAUAACAAUAAAAGUUAUUUUCAUAUUCUAAAAGAUGGAAUUCGUCGAUACAAUUCAUUUGUCAUAAGUCCCUUAUUAUUAAUUCUUCUUGAAUUACCACGACUUGUAUCAUCAUUUGCAUUUGCCUGUAUUACAUUUCAAUGGCAAAAGUACUUGUAUUUAACAAGCUAUUUUGUAUCGACAUUGCCAUUAAUGACAACUCUAUUGAUAUUUGUAAUACCAAAAGAAUCAUACAAGAAAGAAUUAAUUGAUUGCUUAAAACGUUCAAGAGAAAGUAUAACUGGCAGAUUGCGGAAAUCAAUGUAA